GUACGUUGAUCACGUCAAUCACCCGCUUUUCUCCGCCCACCGCGUCGAUAGACUUCCUGAAAACGCUCGUGCCUCCCCUACAGCUCUGGAAAGCUGGAAAACUCGCCAUGUAGGGGGAACAGAAAAAAACAGGCACAAUCGCGGAAUUUACAUGUGGUGUCAUCCAAGAUUGAUGCCGGACAGGGCACCUAUAACAGUGGAUAAAGAGGAUAACUAUGACUUGAGACCCUGUUCCAGCACUCCACCUCUUUCUGUAUUCUGGGUUUUAUUUAUUUCCCUUUUUGAGGACUAUCCUGCAAGGAUUGAAUUCAGCUUUCAUGGAUAUCAAAUCCUGGAUUUUCUGGCAUUUUUUUAUUGGGUGAGCUAGAAUACAUGAAAUCCCAGCACUACUACAAUCUCUGAUGCUGUUGAGACCAAAACCAGUAGUUCAUCUGUAUCGCUUCCUCAACCUUGUUGUUUUUGGAUAGGAACUGUAUUUUUAGUUGUCCACCUAGAUAAGGUUUCAUUUGGUUCUUCUCAAACACUAUCCUCGGCCCGGCCAUUACCUCUGCUCUCUGUCCUUGUUUGUCACUGAACAUUUUCGUAGCAUUUAUAGGGUUAUUAUAACCUUAGUGUGUGCUUAUUUUUAGUCAUCUGUAAGUUCUCUGACCUUAAAACAAUGCAUUGUUAAUUGAAAUUGUGCUUCCAAUUUUAUUUAAACAACUUGUAAGAAAGUGUCUUGUUAGUAACUUAAGAAAUGUUGUUUAAUGAUUAUUUAAGUAGACGCACACACAAAUCCGUUUAAUCUUGACAAAAGACUUAUGCAUUUUCUCAUAUUUUGCCAGCGAAGUCAGACACAUUUGAGAAAGCAAAUAAUCUGGCUUAUUUGUGCGUCUUUGUUUUUUGUUGAGAUACUAAACUGGAAAUCUCUUUUGUGUAUUGUGUUUUGAUCAGAUGAUAGUUAGAGGAUUUAUGCACAAAAUGCACUGAUGGGAAAGAUUUAACACUAUCAGGGAUAGAAAAGCCUGCUGAAGUUUCUUUUUGUUUUGAAUAGACACCUGUUGAAGCACUUUCAUCAUUCAUAACUUGUGUAACAUUAAGUUUAUGCCAAAAGCCCAUGGAUUGGGCUUAAAAAAGCUGAGACAUUUGAAAAUAUCUCAAAAAAAAGUCUAGUUCAUCCGUCCAGAAAGUCAUCUCACUACAACACAGAAGAAAGACCUCUGCAUGAGGCACUCAAGCUGUAUAGUCCAAAGAUACUUUUGAGGCCAGACAUUGAACAUGCGCUCCCCAGGCCCCGAAAGCCCGUCCAUGACCGAGGAGGCCCUGUUGCAUGGACAGUUCAGCGGUUGGAGUAGCGGAGGGGGAAGUGGAAGUAACAGCAACAGCAGCCCCAACAGUCCUGGAGGCAUAUCUUUACCUUCCAGCCCCGCCUCCACCAACUAUGCCCUGACCCUCACACCAACUCACGUCCACGUCCAGCGGUUGUCUCCACGUGCGGGGAAGCAGUCCAGGCUGCUCCUGCCACUGGCAGAGCUGACCGGAUGCAGCUGCCCACGAUUGCCGGCCCCUCCUUUGCUGGUGCUUUACUGGUACCCUCCGGGUAAACGUCGGAAGGGCGUCUCCAGACAUAGACAGGUGAGGGCGUACUUGGCAGAGAGCAGAGCUGAGGCGGAAAAAUGGAACGCUGCUAUACAGAGCCUGCUAAGGGGGAUGGAUGUCAGCUCCACUACAGAAUUUUGCAAAAGCAUGUUGCCCCGUCCCCGUCGACUGUUACUGCUGGUGAACCCAUUCAGUGGCCGGGGUCAGGCAAUGCAAUGGUGUCAAACGCACAUACUUCCAAUGAUAAGAGAAGCCAACAUCAGCUACAACCUCAUACAGACAGAGCGUCAGAAUCAUGCACGUGAGCUAAUCAGAGAGAUCUCACUACAAGAAUGGGACGGAAUAAUCAUUGUAUCUGGAGACGGACUGUUGCACGAGGUGAUAAAUGGCCUUAUGGAAAGGCCAGAUUGGGAACAAGCUAUAAAAACUCCAGUGGGAAUUCUGCCUUGUGGCUCUGGAAAUGCACUUUCUGGUUCCAUAAACCACUACGCAGGAUAUGACAUGUGCCUUCGGGAGCCUCUCCUCCUCAACUGUUGUUUUCUGCUGUGCCGGGGUGGGGUUAAACCGAUGGACUUGGUCUCUGUUACAACCAGCCCAUGUGUUUCAUCAUCCACAUCCAAUCAGAAUGGGCACCCACCUGCACCCAAGAGGCUUUUCUCUUUCCUUUCUGUGGCCUGGGGUUUUGUGUCUGACGUGGACAUAGAGAGUGAGCGCUACAGAGGGCUGGGCUCAGCACGGUUUACACUGGGAACACUGGUGAGAUUGGCUUCUCUGCGGUCCUAUAAGGGUCGUCUUUCCUAUUUGCCCCCCGGUAUUGUCAACCCGUCCCCCGAUGCCAUGCCUCAGCUGCCCCGAAGGCCGCUUUCACGCAGCAUUACCGAAGGAUUGGAGGGAUUUUGUCGCACGCCCAUCCACCGCACCUGCUCUGACAUGGGCCUGAGUGAACAAAGAAGUCUCCGUAAAGGAGAUGGAGAAAGAGAGAGGGAACGAGAACUGGAGAGGCAGGAGAGGGAGAGGGAGAGGGAGAGGAGGAGAGAGAGGGCAAGAGGGGUUGGGGUAGUGAGAGCAAGCAGUCUCGCAGAAGACAGAGAGAGAGAGGUGGAAGCAGAAGAAAAGAUGGAAGAGACGUCAGAGACCAGCUCUGAAUCAACCGAAAGGGAAGAGUGUGACAACAUAGCCAGAAAUAAUGGGAAUGGAAAAGAAGAUAAUAAAUCAGGUGGGGAUGAUAUAGAUGGACAAGGAGUGAUGAAAGCAAGAGAUUUGAGUGAGAGAGAUGAGGUAAAUGAGUGUGACGAAAGUUAUCAGACGACGCCACCUGACAUCCAACACACAUUACGUAAAAACUCGCUUCCCUCUAGUCAGAUUAUUAAUGCCUUCUUCAGCCAGCCAAUUGGUGCUGACACUGACCAAGACUUGGAGGUGGCAGCUUAUGGGAAGGAAGACGAAGACAUAAAUGGCACCUACUUUCAGAGAGAGGCCUUUCCUCUGGACAAGUCUCGCGAGCGAGCCCUCACCAUCUCCUCCUCUCCAUUCCGCCAGUCUCCUUUCAAAGCUUUUAAAGCUAAAACUAUGGACCAGAACCAGAACCCCUCACGACCACGGCCCCUCUCCCUUCUCCACCAAUCACAUUCAAACUCUCUCCCUCCAAAAUUUCCAUCCCUUUCUCUGUCCCUUUCGCCGACCCCUCCUUCGUCUCCAUCUUGCGCCUCUCCCCACUCUUCUUAUCUCGCACCGCGUCCCAACACUCCCAGCUCGUCUUCCCCAUCGCCUUCUUUUCAUUCACCGACCCCUUCCUUCAACUUUGACCUUGCAGAGCCCGCAGGACCCUUGAAGAACCGUCAUCACUUGACAUCCAUCAACUUGCCAGAGGAUGAUCUGCUACCUCCUCUGGACCAGCCUCUCCCUACACGUGACUGGGUCACUAUUGAGGGUGAUUUUGUCUUAGUGCUUGCCAUCUACCAGUCCCACUUGGGAGCAGAUCUUCUCGCUGCGCCUCAGGCUCGAUUUGAUGAUGGGUUGAUCCAUCUGACAUUUGUGCGGGCUGGUAUCUCCCGGGCAACGCUGCUUAGACUGUUUCUAGCAAUGGAGAGAGGAGCUCAUAUGUCUCUAAGCUCUCCCUACGUCAGUCAUGUUUCUGCUCGGGCAUUCCGCCUUCAGCCGCUUUCACCACGAGGAACCCUCACUGUAGAUGGAGAGCUGGUGCCCUAUGGGCCACUGCAGGCACAGGUGCAUCCCUCCAUAGCCCGUUUGAUUGUUGGAGACUCUGGAAUAAAGAUUACAAGAUUCUGACCUGUUUGGAACUGAACGGGCAAGGAUUAGCGUGACGCUCUGGAUUAUAUAACAUUUUGCCAUCAGCAUAUUGGGGGAGAGAGAAACAGAAAGCCGGCAGUUGCAAUCACUGCUUUUACUGGGAUUAACUAAGGGAUUGCUUAUUCAAGCUGCAUAUGCAAGGAGUGAUUUUGAAUUUAACGAAGGGAUGAAAACUUGCGGCCUAUUGCAUGACUGUAGGAUUACACUUGGAUUACCCUCACUGUAGUCAGAGAGAGAAUGCAGCAAUGUCUACAUAAAAGAGGAAAUGGCAAAACUGAAUGUGUCCAAAUGGUGUAUACAUUUUAGUAUGCAUUUGUGCAUAGAUUCUCAAUAGUGCUCUUGCCUUAUUUCAGAGAGUGAAAAAAAUACACAGACAAACACUAAGAACAAAAGCUGUCUUUUAGGUUGCCACACCCACAUUCAAAUAUGGCUCCACCCAUUUUGCAUAAUAGGUACCCCUGGAAUGCCUUAUCCAUCUCUGAACUUUAAGUGCAACCCUCCUUAAUUUACAUAAUUUCUUAGUGUCACACUUAAUCUGAAACCUCAUUUAGCAAUUUAGUUCAUUCUACAUUGAGAUAAGUCUCCGUCCAGCUCUGGAAACCAUUGUUUUGAUGAGACUGAUCAGAAAUGUUCUCAGUUCUUGCAUCAAUUUUUGCAGGUAUUUUCGGAACCUUUAAACAUGGACUGUUAUGAUAUAUAUUGCAUUGCUAGACAGUGUAAAAAAAAAGCAUGCAACAAUCAUGGUGAUGACGUUAAUUGAUAACUAG